AUGAAGCCUCCACCAGGGUUCACAUCAAAGUUCUCUAAUGGCCAAGGAACGGGUGGAGAUGCUCAAGGAACGUAUGCAGGAGCUCAUGAUUAUGAGAUAUGUCACUCUGUGUUGAAAAGAGAUCGUGAAGGUAUAGAAUCUGAGUCGAAGCCUUUGACAAACAAAGGAAAAGAUUUAAAAGAACAUGCAAGUAUAACUGCAGAAGAUGAAAAAUCUGAAAACUGGCAUGCAGGAAACAAGCAUUCAGUGAAACCUGAGUUUGAUAGAUCAUCUUGUAAUUCAAACUACACAAACCGUGAAUGUGACCCACACAAAAAAAGAACAACACUUAGAUAUGAAGCCCCCAGCAAGAAUAGUGGAGAGCACGUAGCUGAAGAUGAUGACAACUAUGAAGAAGGACCUGAACCAGUGGCCGUUGCCGAUUCAGAUUUUUAUGACUUUGACAGGCAUCGGAGUGAAGAAUGCUUUGCAGUUGAUCAGAUGUGGGCAAUUUUUGACGAUUUAGAUGAUGAGACUGCUUGGAAGAGAAGUGGGUUACCUGUUGCUUGUGGGGUAUUCAAACAUGAGAAGACCCAUACUAUUGAAGGUGUAAGUACAUUCUCUCAUAAGAUUGUCUGGCAGAAAGGUGCUAGAAAUACUUACAAGAUCUAUCCCCGGAAAGGUGAAACUUGGGCUCUCUACAAGAAUUGGAAUGUGAAAUGGAGUUCUGAUCCAGACAACCACAGAGAGUACGAGUAUGAAUUUGUUGUAGUCCUGUCAGAUUACACCAAGUCUGGCAUUUUGGUUGUUAAAAGGGUUCCUUCAUUUAGAACGAAUGGUAGGGAACUUACAACUGUCCCUGAAGGUUAUUUUGAGCUUGAUCCUGCUUCACUGCCUAAUAACCUUGAAGAAGUUUCUGAUUUCAUUGAUGAGAAAGCUGAAACUGCUGAUGGUAAAGUUAAUGAUUCCAUGAAAUCUGUAUCAAAGAAUCCUCCUAUGCCAAAGAAGAGGAAAAUUCUAUCUUCCGAUUGUGUGAAAGCUGUGGCAAAGAGCAGUUAUGAGCAAAUUCCUUCUUCGACUUUUGAUCCUUGUGAACUUCCAGAGUCGGAAUUUUAUUUCUUCGAAAUUGACAAGACUCAAGACAAAUUCCGAGCUGGUCAGUUAUGGGCUGUGUAUUGCGAGUUGGAUGGCUUGCCCAAUGGCGAUGACAUGGAGUUUCAUGAUACUUUGUCUUUCUCUCAUCUUGUGAAAGGAACAGUUGCUGGGAUGGAAAACAAGGUUGCAAUCUAUCCAAGGAAUGGAGAGGUAUGGGCAAUAUACAAGAAUUUUAGUUCAGAGUGGUCUUUUUCUGACCUCCAAACAUGCAAGUAUGAUAUAUGCGAAGUUGUACAGGUGAGCGAUAUAUACAAGGUGUUGGUUUUGGAGAAGGUUUCUGAUUAUAAGACGGUGUUCAAGGCUCAGAUGAAAGCAGGGCAUCAAUGCUUACUCGAGAUACCAAGCCGUGAAGUGCUUAGGUUCUCUCAUCAGAUUCCUGCAAUCCAGUUGACGGAUGAAAAAGAAUGA